CGAGGACAGCUGAAUAACUGGGAGCUCGAAGUUGCUUGCUGCCUCUGGGAGUGGUCUGCUUGGCUGUGGCGUUUUCCUUUUUUUUUGUUGUUGUUUUUUAAAAAAGCCAAACGUUUGCUCACCAUCACCUGCAGAAGUGAGUUUUUAUUGAAGAAGCUCCAGCUGCUUUCUCCUUAUUGCCGGCAGCCCGGCAAGGCUCCCUUACAGUGAGCUACUUCUCAGGCCGGGCACGACAGCAGUGCUAGCACAUUUGAAAAAGCAGGAAACCGCCCCUGCAUGCAGAGCUUCCAGCCUGAGAACUCCCAGGCCAGUCUUCCCAGCAGCUGUGUAGCCAGAGAGCCUUGGUAUUGUGGUCACAUCCCUCAAAAGUGAACAGUCACCAUCGGAGGCGUUUGGAGGAGACUGUGAUGUUGCAGAUGCUGUGGCAUUUCCUAGCUAGCUUUUUCCCCAGGGCUGGGUGCCAAGGCUCCAGAGAGGGGGACGAUCAUGAAGUCAGAGGCACCCCAGCCCCUGCCCGGACAGACCAGAUGGCAAGCUUUUUGGGGAAACAGGACGGAAGGGCUGAGGCCACGGAAAAGAGACCCACCAUUUUGCUGGUGGUUGGACCUGCAGAGCAGUUUCCUAAGAAAAUUGUACAAGCUGGAGAUAAGGACCUUGAUGGGCAGCUAGACUUUGAAGAAUUUGUCCAUUAUCUCCAAGAUCAUGAGAAGAAACUGAGGCUGGUGUUUAAGAGUUUGGACAAAAAGAAUGACGGACGCAUCGACGCACAGGAGAUCAUGCAGUCCCUGCGGGACUUGGGAGUCAAGAUAUCUGAACAGCAGGCAGAAAAAAUUCUCAAGAGAAUACGAACGGGCCAUUUCUGGGGCCCUGUCACCUACAUGGAUAAAAACGGCACGAUGACUAUCGACUGGAACGAGUGGAGAGACUACCACCUCCUGCACCCCGUGGAAAACAUCCCCGAGAUCAUCCUCUACUGGAAGCAUUCCACGAUCUUUGAUGUGGGUGAGAAUCUGACGGUCCCCGAUGAGUUCACAGUGGAGGAGAGGCAGACGGGGAUGUGGUGGAGACACCUGGUGGCAGGAGGUGGGGCAGGGGCCGUAUCCAGAACCUGCACGGCCCCCCUGGACAGGCUCAAGGUGCUCAUGCAGGUCCAUGCCUCGCGCAGCAACAACAUGGGCAUCGUUGGCGGCUUCACUCAGAUGAUUCGAGAAGGAGGGGCCAGGUCACUCUGGCGGGGCAAUGGCAUCAAUGUCCUCAAAAUUGCCCCCGAAUCAGCCAUCAAAUUCAUGGCCUAUGAGCAGAUCAAGCGCCUUGUUGGUAGUGACCAGGAGACUCUGAGGAUUCACGAGAGGCUUGUGGCAGGGUCCUUGGCAGGGGCGAUCGCCCAGAGCAGCAUCUACCCAAUGGAGGUCCUGAAGACCCGGAUGGCACUGCGGAAAACAGGCCAGUACUCAGGAAUGCUGGACUGCGCCAGGAGGAUCCUGGCCAGAGAGGGGGUGGCCGCCUUCUACAAAGGCUAUGUCCCCAACAUGCUGGGCAUCAUCCCCUAUGCCGGCAUCGACCUCGCAGUCUAUGAGACGCUCAAGAAUGCCUGGCUGCAGCGCUAUGCAGUGAACAGUGCGGACCCCGGUGUGUUUGUGCUCCUGGCCUGUGGCACCAUGUCCAGUACCUGUGGCCAGCUGGCCAGCUACCCCCUGGCCCUAGUUAGGACCCGGAUGCAGGCACAAGCCUCCAUUGAGGGCGCUCCGGAGGUGACCAUGAGCAGCCUCUUCAAACAGAUCCUGCGGACCGAGGGGGCCUUCGGGCUGUACAGGGGGCUGGCCCCCAACUUCAUGAAGGUCAUCCCAGCCGUGAGCAUCAGCUACGUGGUCUACGAGAACCUGAAGAUCACCCUGGGCGUGCAGUCGCGGUGACGGGGGGAGGGCGGCCCCGCCGUCGACUCGCUGAUCCUGGGCCACAGCCCGGGGUAUGCAGCCAUCUCAUUCUGUGAAUGUGCCAACACUAAGCUGACUCGAGCCAAGCUGUGAAAACCCUAGAUGCACCCCAGGGAGGGUGGGGAGAGCUAGCAGGC